UUCAUGUGACGUAAACGCUGCGGGUGAUUGACGUAAAACGGUAAAAGUGAUUACAUAGCAUCGCCUAAAUGUAGUAUAGCAAAAGCAUAGAUACAUUAUUCAUAAGCUUUUUUCCAUUAUUUAUAAGCUUUGAUAGAAGAAGAAACAAAAUGAUCUAUUUCAAUUAGAAGAAUUUAAAACCUCAUAAGAGAAGAAAAACCAUGAAAUGAGGUUAAAUAUUUAUCAGAAUAACAAGGGAAUCAAAAUAAAGCUAAAUGCAUUAAAAUAUACUAUAGUUUUGGUGUACUAAACAAAUGUUUAGCAAAAAAAAAACUAUCAUAAAAGGACAUAAACUAGUAGAAAUGAUUAGUUUUAGGUAUAUGUAUAUUACAGAUAUGAUAUCACAAUAGACGAUGUUUAGAGUGGUAGGACAGAAAAUUAAGAUCAAGGAAACUAGGAAGUAUUGUGUUAAAGAUGAUAAAGCACCAGUUGCAAAGAGAAUUGGUCGAUGCAAGUGUACGCAGGGCUACAAAUGUGAAUGCAAUAAUAAAUAACAAUUAUGCAACUGAUCAAAGAAGAUAACAUACGUCAGAAGUUUGUGUUCACAGCUGGUGGUGGGUACACAUAAAACUGAAAAUCUUAACUUCAAAUGGUUGUUUGUAUAAAUACUAUAUACUAAUAAGGCAUAGAAUACAUGAUUUUUACAAAUGAAAUGAAGAAAGAUAUAUCGCCUGAAAGUGUAACUGAAAACUUUAGGGAGCCCAAUCACAUUUCUUAGUCUAAGCACUUUAGUGCAUCGUGAGAAAACGAAAUACACAUGACUAGGAUAUUACCCUUUCAUUGUCUGAUCACAUCGAUUACAAGUUUAGUAAAAGUUAAGAAGAUAUCAACACUUCACAGCCAUGCAUAUGUUGGCUAAAAUAUUAUGUCAUUUUCAGAAGCUUUGGAGCAGAGAGUAGUGCUUGCUAUAAUUCGGUGUCUUUGAAAGUAGCAAGUCUUUAGUUUCAAGAGUACUCCGAUCGAGACAUGCAUUGAUCAUAGUAGCGACGCUCACCCACUUGGUGCUAUCAUUUUAUUUGUUUUGAAUCAAAACAAACUUAGUUCUAAAAUCUUUUGCAAUAUUCCAUGAAAUAAUACAUUUGAAACUGUUGAACGUUGUAUGUACUCAUAAAAGCAUUUAUGCAUGUUGAAAGUAGCUGAGUAGAAAACACAGAGAUAAACACAUGCAAGUCACUGCAAUUGCACUGCAUGAAAUCAACAUCACUAGUUACUACUACUAGGCCUAUAAUGAAUUUAAAUAUCAUCAUUGUCACUAUUAGCUUCUUAAAUUCAAUUAAUGUAUGAAAGAUGAAAGAAGGGAGUCAUGUUUUUAAUGCCAUCCUCUUUGUCUUUAUUCACUUUGUUUUCUUUCCCUUUUAAAAGCCCUUCUCUCUCUCUCCUUCUCUAUCUCACACUCACAAAAGUGUCUCCCUUAUUUUCAGGCACUUAGAAAAAAUUAAAAUCAAAAAGCCAUUUUUAAGUCUAAAAGACAGUCUCUUCCCACCAGAAGCAACUUAACUCAUGUCUUCUUCUUCCUCGUUACUUCUUGUUUCUCUCCUCUCCCUCUUCCUCAACUCCUCACUCGCAGACAAUGAUCGUUACAACACCACGGCGGUCGUGAUAAUGAACCCAACAACACCACCGCCUCUUCCGCCGCCUUCUCCACUUCAACGACAUAACGUCACUUCCUCUUUCAUGCCCGGAAUCGCCGUGGUCAUCGCUGUCCUCACGGUCGUAUUCUCCCUCACCUUCUUGCUCCUCCUCUACGUCAAACACUGCAAACGACGCAACGGUUACGUCAACGAUACGCAGCGUUUCGCAACGUCUAGAUACUACGGAGGAGGAGGAUACGGUGGAGGCGGAGUUGGAAGAAAAAACUCCGGUAUAGACCGGUCUGUGAUCGAAUCUUUACCGGUUUUCCGGUUUGGUGCACUGAGCGGUCACAAGGAAGGGCUAGAGUGCGCCGUGUGCUUGGCCCGGUUCGAACCGACGGAAGUCUUGAGGCUACUGCCGAAAUGCAAACACGCUUUCCACGUAGAGUGCGUUGACACGUGGCUAGACGCGCACUCCACUUGCCCGCUUUGCCGUUACCGGGUCGACCCGGAAGAUAUCCUCUUGAUCAGUGAUUGCAACUCCUGGUUCGAGCUCCGUUUAUCUAAUAACCGUCGAGAAGAAUCUAAUAAUAAUAAUAAUACCGGUUCGACCCGGUUCGAUUUCGUGAGUCGUAUCUCCGGUCGGCAUUCAUCUGCCGGAGAACGAGCGAGUCGACUCAACGACGUUAGAAAGUUGUCUUCGUUUAGGAGAUCGCUCGAUAGCUCUCUGAGGAUCAACGACGGCGAGGAGGAGAAAACGGACUCCGUCGCCGUCGCCGUCGGGUGUUUCGAUCGGAAUCAACAGAGGAAAGACGGAUUGUUGCUUAAUUCGAACCGGGAAAGCUUCGAGGCGAGGUUCGAGCACCGGAUAAUAAUCUCCGGCGGGAAUCGAGAUCAGAGAUGGAGCGAGGUGAGGCCGGCUGAUCUUCUCUACCUCCGAUCGGAGAUGAUUCUGAGUGAUUGCCGGAAGCUAGCUGCGGCGGAGGAUGGCAGAGAGGUCAUUGGUGGGAGAAGUGUGUCGGAGUUAACGAGCAUUGAUAGACGGAGGAGAUGGGGAGGAGAGCCGAGACAACGACAAGCCACGGCGGUGAUCUCGAGAUGGCUCGCUUGGUCCCACCGUCCCUCCGCUUCCAGCGCUGUUUAAAAUACUAUAUUUUUUAGGUCCUUUUAGUUUUGCUUUAUAGCAUUUUUGGCCGGAUUAGUUUUGUUUGUUAACAUUUUGGCCUAUGAUUAAUUUACUCUUUAGCUAUAGAGAAGAGACGAGGCAAGCCAACAAUGGUUCAGGUAGGGCGAAAUUAAAAAAAAUAUCCUGAUUUUUGGAGUUAAGUAUUAUAGAUGCACGAGUGCAAGCAAACACAAAACCUUUUUUUUUUGGUAUUUUUAAUUUUGUGGAAAAUUAUAAGGAAAGGGAAAGGUUUGAGUUUUAAAUUAAUGUCUUGGUGUAAUAAAUGGCGAGUAUUGGGGAUCUGAUAGCUGAGUUUAUUUAAUUUACAUAAGUGUCUCUUAUUGUCUUUUUAGACAUUGAAAGUCCUGAAACAUUAUGUGUUUGCAAAACAUUUUAUUAAUGAGUUCAUUACUGUUAAAUCGAAUAUUGAUACUAGCUUUGCGCGGGUUUUAAAUAUUAUAAUGGUAAUAUGGACUUGCUCUUUUAGCUUUAUAACAUCAAAAAGCAAUGAGAAGUCUUUUUAUUAUAGUUUUGGGUCCUCAAAAGAAGGUUCCAAAUCAAAUUUGAUAUAAGACAGCGCUCUGACACAACUCAUGAUCCGUCCAUAUACAGCUAUGAUUGUGUAUAUACAAUAUACGUAGUUUGUUUGUUUGGUAAUUUAAUCCCAUGAAACAUUAUAUAACAAACUUAAAUAUUUCUUUCCAAGUAUCAUUAGUCGUGUCUUUAUGUAACUACAAUCAGUAAAUGUCCAAUUUCAAAUUUAAUUCAUGAUUUUUUUUUUGUAGAGAGCACAUCUCGUUCUAUGAGAUUUGGGAAGACGCGACUUCAGUUACUUUUACAUUUUUUUUUACCUUUUCCAUAUGGUGGAGUGUUGUAUUUUUGUUAUUGUGAAAGCAAACUUGUCAUACUUUAUAACGUGCAAGUAGAAAACUCGUUUCCAAAUUGAGGUAUAUGGUAGAUCGUUUACUUCCAGAUUCAUUUUUUAGUUGAUACAACUAAUUUGGUAUACAAUUAAAAAGACGUUACUAUAUUUCUUUGACUACUCUGAUUAUCUUGCCAUGACUUUACAACUCAGCAUUUACAAGUUCCAACAUUCUCAAAAUUUAUUUAUUAUUUUAUUAUUCAUUUUUUGUGGUCUUUCGACAGCUGAUCUUGUUCCUUGUUAGCAACAACCACUAGUGUUGCCCACUCCCGUAUUAACUAGAUGCUGAAAAACCGAAUGUAGUAGCAUCACAAGUAGUACAGGCAAAAAUAAAGUAGAACAAGUUUGGUUUAUACAUUUAGAGUCAUCAGUGUACCUUGGAUGAUUGAUGAAUCAAACUCAUAAAAGUAAGUAAAUUAUUGCGGGUUUACAGUUUUGUUGUAUUGACAUAAAUCAAUUGUAUUGCAUCUAUUCUUAUUUCGUCAACAUAUUGUCCAUUAGAUUUUAGUUUUACAUAUAAUUAUGGAUCCUAUGUGACAUAUACGUUUUAAUAGUAUUGUUUUUGAAAGAAAAUCAAAUAAAACAAACAAAUAAAUGUGGCUUAGAAAAUUCUAAAUAUAAAAAUGAAUUAAGACAAGAAAAAUCCAAUAAAAACUUUAUUAAAUUCUUUGCAUGAAUUUCACUAAGGAGGGAAAUAAACCAUAUGGAGGCAAACGCAUAUGUCACAUGAGAUUCUUGGUUAAAUAUUAUCCUAAACAGUACAUUGCAUCACGAGCUACCCGUAAAUAACAUUUGUUGUCAUUUGCAUUUUAUAUUGUUUUGUUUGGACUUUACUAUCAAGAAAUGAAAUGGUUGAAUAAGUUGCCGUUUUGUUAAUUACAUGUCGAAAGAUAAAAUAAUUAAAAUCUCACCAGCAGGGACACAUAAAGGAGAACAUUCCAUGUGGUCUUGGCCUGUGUAAUCUCAUGUAUAGUCCAUCUUAUUAUAAACCAUAGAAAAUGACAUAUUCAAAGAAUAAAACGAAUUUAUAUUGUCUACUAGCUCUUGCCGUGAUUACAUCUGCAUCCACGUUACUAUUCUCCCCCAAAUUAUUGCAUGCUUCUAUGUGCUUAAAUAACCUAAUGACUUCACAAAAAAAACACAUCAGAAAUUCGGUGGGUGAAAAUAUAAUACUCCCUCCGUUUUUUAUUAUAAGUCGUUUUAGAGAAAUUUUUUUGUUCCAAAUUAUAUGUCCUUUUCGGUUUUCUAUGUAAAAUUUAUUAAUAAUUAAUGUUGUAUGACCAAUGGUAAUAUAUCUUAUAUUUUUCUGUUGGUUGAAUUGUGAUUAGGUAAAUAAUUAAUGAUGUUUUUGUUAAUAAAAUAUAAGAAAUUAAUGGUUUUUUUAAUCUACGUGCAUAGCUGUAAAACGACUUAUAUUAAAAAACGGAGGGAGUAUAAAAGAGUGAAAUUAGAAAUAACCAGUUCCAAAUGGUUGAAUGUGUAUAGUAGAACUUUUAAAACUCAUUAAUCUAUAAUCACACUUUACUGUUUAUAAAAUAAUUUUUAUGUAAAACUGAUUUUAUUUGGUUUGUAAUCUCCUAAUUAGAAACAAGAAGAGUGGAAUUCCAUGAUGAUACGAGCAUGGCAAGUAUUGGGAAAGAAAGAAAUAAUUUCAAAAAGGCUAUAAAA